AAUUUUUUCAGUGACAAAUUGAAGAGUUUUAACUCGUCUUCAGAAAAUUUCAUAAAUUUUUAACAUAUUUCUUGGUCUUAAAUAAUUAUUGUUUUUUUUUUUUGUUACUAUUAUACACUAUUAAUAAAUUACAGAUAUGUUCCACAUAUCUUUAAGUGCUCUAUUUACAUGCUGUGUAACACUUAUCCUUGUUCAAUGGACUGAAAGUAAGUUGCAAUAUUCCUCAAACCGAUUAAAUUAGUUAAAUAAUAAAAAUAUUUUUUUACAUAUCCGGUUUAUAGGUAAAUAUUUGGAAUAUGUAACGUGUGGUUCUGUCACUAAAUUAUACAAUGUCGACCUUAAGGUAAGGUUGCAUUCGCACGAUGUCAAAUAUGGUGCAGGCAGUGGUCAGCAGUCUGUAACCGGAACAGAGGUAUCUGAAGAUAUUAAUUCUCAUUGGGAAAUAAAACCUGCCACAGGGAAACUUUGUAAAAGAGGGUAGAAAUAAAAUUAUUUUUUUUUGUGAAUUUUUUUAUGUUUAAGUAUAAAUAACUAUAUUUUUACAAAAUAUGUUUUAGUGAACCAAUAAAAUGUGGUACUAUAAUUAGGUUUACACAUUUAACGACUAAAAAAAAUUUACAUUCACAUCUCUUCAGUUCGCCCCUGUCUAAUAAUCAAGAAGUAUCUGCAUACGGUAAUGAUGGUGAAGGAGAUUCUGGUGACCAUUGGUAUGUGGACUGUGGUGGAGACUAUUGGGAGAGAGAUGACGAUAUUCGGUUAAAACAUGUAGAUACUGGAGCGUAAGUAAAAAAAAAAAAAAAACUAUUACCUACAUUAACAAAUUCAUAAACUUAAGUUAAAAUAUAAUUUUUUGUUAGAUACUUAAUGACAUCAACAUUUUCAUAUGGUCGACCAAUCAAUGGACAAAGAGAGAUUGCUGCUGUCAAAAACCCAGGACCUCAUUCAACUUAUUGGCGUGUUAAAGAAGGCAUAUUUGUUCAUAAAGAUGAACCAAAUGAUUAUUCAUCAGAUUAUUCCCAUACAGAGUUAUAAUAUUUAUAUGUUUAAGUAUGAAACCACUAUUUUAUUUAUAAUUUUGUAUAUUUAUCAAGCACUAUUGAAUGUUUAUAAUAGAAAAUGUGUUCAAAUGUAAACUUUCUUUAAAUUUAAGGUAGUACAAUAUCUUAUAACAUAAAUAAGAACCAAGGUUUUUAUUGUUUUAUAAUAAUAUUUAUUUUAAUAUUUUGAUUAUAAUAUGAUAUAUAAAGUAUAAAAAAAAAAUAUAUUAAUUAAUAAUGUCCAAUCUAAAUUUAGGUGUAUAUAAAUUUGUAUUUAAAGGUGAAUAUAUUAUUAUUUUAACAAUUUUGUUUUUACAUUUAUUUUUAUUAUUAAAUACUUAAAUAACAAUGUUUUAGUAAAUAUAUUAACACAAUAUUUAUUUUCUAGAUGCUUACUAAAAUAACAAAAAAUAAAUGGGUAACUAUUUGGUAAAAAUAUAAACUAAAGCUUGCCAUAAUACUCCACCAUUUGAUUGUGCGUUAAACAAAAUAUUAUCAUUUUAUAAAUGACUUAAUGAAAAUAUUCCUUUUUAUGUGCUUAAAUAAAUGAAAAUAAAGGUUUUUUUUAAAUUUUCUUAUUCAAUCAAUAUAUACAUUUAAUUAAUAUUAACUUAACAGUAAGACAAUUUUGAUUUUGAAAUAAAUAUUUUAAUUCUUCUCAUUAUGGCAGCUGAUUUCAAUAUUUUACCUGUUUGAUAUGAUUUACAAAAAUAAUAAAAGUAUAAAAACUAAUCAUCUACUUAAAAUUAUAUUAAACUUAUUCAGUUUCUCCAUCAGCAAUCUGGAAAAAUGUAAUUAAAUAUUUUAGUUACAAUAAGUCAAAUUUGAAAUUGUAUUUAAUUAAAUUUAAAUUAAAGAUGAACAUAAUUAGUAUAUUAUUCAAAAAUACAUUGUUCAUUUACCUUUGCAAGUAACUAAAUAAUGUAGUAAUUAUAAUAGAAAAUAUAUUUAUUGUUUUUGAUAUUAAUAUACUAAAAAUAAAUAUUAUGUUAUCUCAUUAUUAUUAUCAUAAUAAAUAAUAUUUAAAUUAAAUAGGUUAUGUGUUAAUGAGGAAUAUUUAUAAACAAUAAUUAUUAUUAUGGUAAAAUGUGAAACUACUUAAAUCUGUGGCUGUGUAAACAAAGUUAAAUUGAUACAGCAGAGUCACAAAGAGAAGGGUAAGUGGGUGUUGAAUAUUGAUGUUUAUAGUUGAGUAAAUACAAGAUACUUGAGGUAUAAUGUGUAGUAUAUGAUGGAAGAUGCUUUGUUCUUUAGAUUAAAAUUUAAAAAUCAAGAAAGUUUAGAUGCCAAUCCUCAACUUGGUAAGCAUUUUUUUUUUUUAUUUUGUGUUUGUAUAAAAAGGUGGGUGGGUAUUGAAAAAUUUGACUGCGUCAUUGAAAUAAUAAUAUCACGUCGCCACUGACUUAAGCCAUAAACUCAUAACUAAGACUAAUAUAAAAAAUUGUUUUAAAUCAAAUUUCUGAUUGUCAAAUAUUUUGUUAACACAGAUGAAAUGAAACUAAUAAUUUAAAUCUAAUACUCAAUACAAUAAUUUUUAAAUAUGUGUGAUGAGUUAAUUUUUUCAUUAUUUCACAUAGUUAUUUAAAUAGAAUGGCAUUCACAUUAUUUUUAAAAUGAGUUGUUAUAGUAUAAAUUGAAAUCAACCAAUUAAUGAAUUGUUAAUCAAACAAAGAAAACUAUAAAUUAAUGUUAGUGAAAUGAAGGCCUCAAGGUUCCCAAAAUGUUUUGUGUUAUAUUAUGUUGGGGAAAAAAUAAUUAUUUCAGUCGAUAUAAAAAAAUUGGUUUACCAUUCUCCACAAAAUUAUUUUCCUCUUACUAACUUGGAAAUAUAUAUGAGUAUAAUCAAUAAGAGUAAAUCUGCAAUUGCACAAGAUGAGUUAAUUUAAAAAAUAUCUAUGCUCUGAUUAUGUACAAGUAAAAAAAAAUUAAUAUACCUAAUAUUAUAUUUUGAUUAUUAAAUACUGAAUUUAAAAAAUGAAAACUCUAAGGGACUAUUUGAAUAAGAAAGGUUUUCCAUUACAAAUUGUAUGUGUUUAAUAAUAUAAAGCAUAAACUAUAAUUUAACCAGUUUAAUUCUUUAUAUUUAGAAAAUAUACAACCAAUAUUUUGUUGUAUUUAACGGGAUAAUAAAUUAAUAUUAUUCAUUCAAAUAUUCUACUAUUUUAAAGAGAUUUUAUGAACAAAUUCAAGUCAUCAAAAAAUAUAAUAUAAUCACUAAAGAAUAGACAGUUUUAUCGCAAAAAGAAAAUGCUAUAAUUGUCUGCAAUAUAUUAUAAACAAGGAAUACAAAUUAAAGUAAUUAUAAAUUUAACAGAAAUAUUAAUCAUCUAAAGCAAAUAUUUACAAAUUCUGAAAAAUACAAAAUAGUUUAUAAUAUUUAUUUAAAAUUUAAAUACAAUACUUAUAAUAAUAUGAAACAUGAUAGUAAAUCUUAACCUAGACAAUCUAAUUACUUAUUAUUUCUAUUUUGUAUUUUUUUUCAAUAAUACAUAUAUUAACUGUAAUAUAAUAUUGAUUAAGUAGAUUUUUAUUACUUUUUCUAUAGCAUUUUAUUAAGAUCAUAUUCCAUCCAAUUCUAGUGAUGAUCUAGAAAAUGGAUGUAUAUAUAUGUAUACAUAUUUUAUAUAAAAAUUAUAAAACUGAAAUUGUAAAAUAUCAUUUUUAUAAUAAAAAAAGUUAUUUUUAUUAUCAUUCAUUAAAAAUGUAUUUAAAUAAAAUAACGUUUUUGCAGAAAUUUGUGACUUUAAAAUAUAUUAUAUCUUUCCUGAAAAUAAAUAAUUAAUUUAAUAUAUAUAAACAAAAAAUGAUGAUAAUUAAUAAUAACACUAUGUAACACAUAACUUAAGGAAAUAAAGUAUAGAAUUAAAAAAAUAUUAUUAGAUAAAAGUAAAUAAAAUUAUUAUAAAUGUAUGGGCAAAUAUAAGCUUUUUAAAUUGCAAAUAUGUAUAUAGUAUUUUGUUACAAUUGAAGUUGGUUAAUUAAAUGUUUUAUUAUGAUUAUAUGAAAAAUGAAACACGAUCCAUUUAAUAUCGAUAAUUUUACCUCAAAUGUACCUUAUUCAAAUAUUUGAACGCAAAUGUUGAACAUACUCCAAGACCAAAAACAACUAAAUAUGGCAAAAAUUUGAAGUUCACCUUGGGUUUCUUCUUCAUUAAAAACGACACCAUACUUAAUUUUUUAUCAGAAUAUGGUGGAUAUUUUGCUCUGAAAUGUGAGUAAUAAAUUAUCAAGAGUUACUAAGAUUUAUUGUCAAAAUAAAACUAUUGUAUUACUAACGAAGAAAAAGAUUCUCCAAUUAUAUUGAAAUCUUUGACUAAACAACUUUUUCGGUGAGUGAAAGUGUCAAAUGAAUUUUUUCCAUGGUAAGCUCCCAUUCCACUAUGUCCAACUCCACCGAAUGGUAGAUUUUCAACUAAAUAAAAUAUCAUACUUUUAUUAUUUUAAAAUAUAUACCACAGAUUUAAUUAAAUUAUAUUAUACUCAAAUGCAUAAAAAAUGUUAAUAUUAAAAUGUUCAAUAAAUUAAUGUUAAAAAAGCAUAAAUAAUUACAGAACACAAGUUCCACAACCAAUUUAAUAAAUAUUUAUUUUUAUUUUUAAAUAAUGCAAUUAGUUUACAUAGAAAAUAUUUAAAAUGUAUUUCUAAUUUGAAUAAGCUGUUGGCUAAGUGCAUAUCAAUUUAUGUGAACAUGAACAUUAAACCUAAUGUGAAAAAAUAAUCCAAACCACCUUAUAGCAUUUAAAAAUAUUGACUAUAACUAAAUUAUUUACGGUGGUAGAAAAGCUACAACACAAAAUCUGAAUACAAAUAAUGUAAUAAAUUCAUCAUUCUAAAAAUACUCAAAGAAAAUAUGCCAUUAUUAUUGUGUAUGACUUAAAUUGAUAUCUAGUAAUGUAUACAUAAAUAACUAUUUAAUAUGAAUAUUGUUCACUACAAAAUAUAUAGGAUUUUUUUUCCCUGUUUAUUUCAUAGUAACAUCAGAAACAUAAUUGAAUCAAGAUUUUACUUUCAUAAUGAUGGUCCCUUUAGUUAGACUUGGAGAAUUUAUAAUAUAUUUAAUUUGUGUAUUUAUUCAUUUAUAACAAUAUAUUUUUCAAUAGAAAUAAUUUUAAAAUUAAUAACUUGGUAGAAUAUAUAAAUACAUAUUUUGUAUUAAAUCAAAAAUAUUGUUGUUAAAAAAUUAUGCCACAAAUAGUGAAAAUAGCAUUGCAUGUAAGUUAUACCACAAAAAAAAAAAUAAAAUGAAAAUCUACUGAUACUCUAUUGAUAAUAUAAAUAAAUUAUUUAUUAAUUAAAAUGAAAUGUAUUACUUUAUUGAAAUACAUAAACAUUGAUUAUUGAUUAAGUUAUUAUGUGAGGUUCUUUUAAAAUACAAUUAUUUGAAUUAAUUUUAUUUGAAAUGAAUUUACUAACAUAACUUCUUUAUAUAUAUAUAUAUAUAUAUUUUUAAAUAAAAAUACACUUGACUCCAUUACUCACCAGUUACAUGCAUAAUAGUAUCAUUGACACACAUCCCACCAGCUCUCACAUUUUCCAACAUAUUUUCAAUGAUUGCUUUUUUGUUGGUAAAUACAUAUAAAACCAAUGGACUAUGAUUUCUGUACAAAUUGAGCAAUUACUACCACCAUACAAAUAAUUUAGUUAUACUAUAAUGGAAACUUAAUAAAUCAGACCAUUUUUUUUUUUUAAAGAUGUUUUUAAUUUUCAAUUACAGAAUAAACAUACACCAUCAAAGUUAAAUAGAAAAUUUAGCAAACAAUAUUAUUUUAUUAACUAUGACCCAAAAAUUAUGAAAGCCAUCUACACUAUAUUUAGGAAGGACAAUGUAAUGUUACUGUAAUACUCAAGUAACUACCCACGCAAGAACUACAAACAGCGCUCGUUACGAACUAAAUAAAAUUCAUGGUCCAUCAUAUUUAUAAUAACCAAUAAUCCAUCCAUACAAACAAUAUUAUAUAAAAUAAAAUAAUUAUUUUUUAAAGUCUGUAAGUAAUUGUUAAUAGGAAGAAAUAAAAGAAUUUCUGAAAUGUCUAUUAUUAUUACCGGCAUAAUGACUAACAGUGUCAUUUACACAAAAUGAUCCACUAGAAGUUUGUCUCAUAAAUAAAUUUUGCAUUUCUUGGUCGGAAGAGAAUACAUAUAAUGUUAAUGGUUUACUCCUGAAGGAUAAAACAUAAAUACUUGUUAAAAUAUUAUAUUCUUAUUUAUCAUUAAUUCAUACUUCAAUAAAAAUUAAAACACAAUAUAAAAAUAAUUCUGUCCUAAUUUACAAUACUUCAAGAUUUAAGUGAAACAUCUAUCUGAUUUUAAUAUUAAUUCAAUUGAUCUUAAAUAAUUUUAACUAAAACAAAUCCUGAAAUACAUUUUUAAAAAUUAAAAAAAUUAAUUUAUUCAUAGAUAAUAAGUAUUAGGUAUAUGUUUGCAUGUAACUAAACUGAGAUAGAAACAUGUGACUAAUGUAAAAAUUUAACAUAAGUAGAAGUCACAGUAACAUUUGGCUUCUCAAUCUUUCCAACAAAUAAAGCAAAAAUGUGUUCUAUAAGUAGGUAAAUAGUACUAAUAGACAUAGAACAAGUGUUUUCACAAAAUUAAAGACAAAGACAUUUACUAUAUUCUCAGUUGGAUUUUUUCAAAUUAUAAGUAUCAAUAGAUGGUCUGAGAAGGAGAUAUUGAAAAAUCUCUGUGAAAAAUUAUAGUGAACUUUUUGUUUUUAUUCUGGUAGAACCAGAGUACCAUUUGGAACUCCAGAAAUUAGUUUUCAUUAUAUUGCCCAUUAAAAGAACAGAGACAGAACAUGAUAUUGUUUAACUUAGGUCAGUAUUUCAUUAGGUAUAGAUACUAUUAAUUUUUUUGAUGAAAUCUGAGUAAACUUUAAGUCCAUUAAAUUAUUAACUGUAAAAAAAUAUAUAUGUUCGUAUUUAUUAAAAUAAAUAUAAAAACCAACAAAAUACAACCUAGCAACCUAACUAAUAUAAUACAUAUAUUAAGGAUACUGAAUUACAGUUUACCUGCUAUUAAUAAAAUUGAUGGCAUCAUAAGCAUUAUCCACAAUUACUAUUGGUAAAAUUGGACCAAAAAUUUCUUCUUUCAUGAUAGGGUCUGUAGAUUUAACAUCUAUUAAUAUUGUUGGUUCAAUGUAAAGAUCUUUUUGAUCAUGUCUGCCUCCAACAGCAAUUGAUCCACUGUUAUUCAUCAACUCUAAUAAUCUCCUAAAAAUAAUAUGCAGAUUCAAUAUUUUCAUAAACAUAAUUUCAAAAUACAUACAUAAAAUGUUUUUCAGAAACAAUUCUGCACAAAUCUGGAGAAUUUUUUGGAUCAUCUGUAUACCAUGCUUUCAAAAGUUCUCUGGCUUUCUCUACAAUUAUAUUUUGAAUUUGUCGAGUACAUAAAAUAUAAUCUGGUGCAAUGCAUGUUUGUCCAGCAUUAAUACAUUUUCCCCAUAUUAUACGCUUAAUAGAAAUAUCCAUAUUGACAGAGCCAUCAAUAUACAAGGGGCUACAAUAUACAAUUAUAUUUGUCAUUUAACAUAAAUAAUAACAUUGCAUUAUAAAAUGUACCUUUUACCACCCAAUUCCAACGUGACAGGUGUUAAAUAUUCAUUUGCAGCAGCUCUAACAAUCUUUCCUACGGUUGUUGAUCCUGUAUAGAAAAUAUAAUCAAAUCUUUGUUUCAGCAAUUCAGUUGUUUCUUCUACUCCUCCUAAGAUAACUGGAAAAGCGUCCUGUAAAAUAUUGAAACAAAUUAAACAAUAUAUUUACAGCUAUAUAAUACGUAAACUCUGAAAGUAUUAUUCUUACUCGAUUAAGAUAUUUUGGGAUUAGUUCAGCAAUAAUUUUUGCGGUUGCUGGAGCCAUUUCUGAAGGUUUUAUUACAACACUAUUUCCAGCGGCUAUUGCACCAAUUACCGGUAAUAGUGUUAAUUGUAAUGGAUAAUUCCAUGCACCUAUUACUAACACAACUCCAUAGGGAUCUUUAUGGAUUAAUACACCAUCCAAUAUAUUAAUUAAUGGUUUAUCGGGCUAAAAAAAAAAAUUAAUUUUUCAAUUCAAAAAAUAUACAUAUGUAGAUACUGUAAGUACACAAUUUACACACCUUUUCAGUUUUCAUCCAACACUCUAAUGAAUCUAAAGCAUUAAUAAUAUCAUUUUUUAAAUAUUCAAUUUCAAACAAUACAGCUUCUUGUUUGCUCUGCUCAAAUGAUAUAAAACAAUGUUUAGUAUUUUAAAUAUUUAGAAAAUAAUUAAACAGAAAUCAAAAUAACCUUUCUUAAAUCGGAAGCUAAGGCUAGUUGCAAGUCUGUAGCAUUUUCAUUUAAGAGUUUGAGGAGUUGUCUAAGAUGAUGUUUUCUAAUAUGUAAAGAUUUUGUUUGGUUACUGUUGAAUGCAGUUCUAGAUUUUUCUAUGAUCUAGAUAAAAGAAAAACAGGUAUUUAUUUAUUUAUGAAUUUGAAUUUGAUCGAUAUGAUAUAAAUUAAGUAAAACAUAUAGGAUACAUACAUCUGAAUAGUUGGCCAUUAUUUCGUUAGUUGCUGUUGUAACUGUAAGAAUCCAUAAAAUUACAAUAUAAUUAGCAUUUCAAAUCGAGAACAUAACAUUUUUUUUUAACAAUAUUAAUUUGCAUUUAUAAUGAGUAGGUACACAAACCCUAAGUAUACAUAUCUACAAUAUAUUUUAGAUAGAUACAGAGCUAGAUAUUCAGAUAUAUGAAAAAAAAAAAAAAUUAAUCCUGUUUCCUCAAGGAAUUGUUCAACAUUUCUACAAAUACGUCUAAAAUAAUUAUAAACACGUUGUUGUGUAAUAGAGCGAAAUAGAAAGUUUUUUUUUUUUAAACAUGCAUUUACGUACAAAAUAAUAUAUUAUGGGUAUGAGUAUAAUACUAUAUAGAUAAUCUAUAAUACACUGCAUUAUGGGUAUAUCAACCUACCUCUAUAUACUCACAGGUUAAUGUUUAAUAUUGUUGAACAAAUAAAAACGAAGAAUAGGCAUCUACCUAUAUACAGAUGAGCUUAAAAAAAAUUGAUGUAGGUAAUAUUAUAUUAAUUUUCUGAAAAAUAAGGUGUGGUACAUAACGUGCGAACGGACGUGUAGCAAUGAAACGUGAAAUAUUAUUUAUUAGAUUAUUGUAAAUUUAUUUUGAACGAUAUAGUUAGCUUUGCUCACAACCGCGUACUGAUUACUGACAACUGACAAGUGACAGUAAUGAUUACUGGCUAGUGACUAAUAAUACAGUAAUACUAUUAUACCUUGUGAAUGUUAUUAUCAUUUCAUAAUUUUUAUUUUUCCAUUUCCUAUAUACACAACAUUUGCAUUAUAAUAAUUUAUAAAACAAAUAUUUCUCAGGUGAAAUGUAUAACGAAAACGCAGACAAUAGUAAUAUUAUCAUCAUAAUAUCAUAGGUACAUGAUUACAAGUAAUGUAUAAUGUUUAUUAGCAAAAAUUUACAUUUUGAUAGGGGAAAUAUGCAAGGCAAGGUUUACAUGUUAGAUAAUAAUAAUAAUAUUGUAUUAUCAAUAAACUUUAUACGAGAGAGGACCUCUAAUAGGAACCAUGACGAAAAACAGAUAGUAAAAUAAACUGGUUGUUAUAAAUACAGUAGAUUAUGGCACCAAGUUGUUAUCUUACAUUCAAAACAUUAUCAGUUUUAUCACAGUUAAGGACGUUACACCGUCUUCUAUAAUAGUUACUGUCUCCGUCUUCCAAACGCGAGACGCCUAGACCGGGGUUACAGCAAUUUUUCGUUCAAUUAGUUAAUAUUAAAGAAAAUUAACUUAUUGCCAAACUUAAAGGUAAGACUAUACAUACCCUGGCGUUGAUGUUUUUUCGAUAUUUUAAUUUUAAAACAAUAGAUAAUCAUUUUAAAUUAUGAUAUUUAAAUAUACCUACUCGUAAUAUCUUAAAAAUAAAAAUAUCGAAAAAUCAUCAACGCUAGAGCACAUAUUAUUAUCUUACUUUUAAUUUUGGUAAUAGGUCAAUUUGCUUUGAUAUUAACAUUUAAAGGCAAAAAUAUGUUCUACUGAACGCAAAUUUUCAAUAUCUCGCGUUUGUAAGACGGGGACAGUAGAUGUCGGUGUGGCGUCCUCUUAAGAAGUUCUGUUUUCUAUGAUUAUUAUAAAAUACGUUUUUUUUUUUUAAAUAUUCCACACACUAAGGUCCAUGAGUAACAACACUAGGCUACACUUUAGGCUAUAGGUACUAUAAAUUAUAAUUUAUAAUAUAUUUAUGGUACUGGUUUGUUAUAGCUCCGCCACUCAGGUUUGUUAUCGCCCCGCCAUCCAUAUAACAAUAAACACAUUGUAUAAAUAUGAAAUAAUUCGACGGAAAAUACGUACCAUUACUAUGAAGUCGGUCCCAUACGACUUGUGUACUCGGCGAAUAAUCGUCAACCAUGAUGUUUUUUCCCCAAAAAAGACAAUUAUUUUUUGUUAAUAUCGUUAUUUUGGCAGUCAUAGUCGUAGUAGUCGCACAUCAUUCCCACGCGAACCGUACACUUGGCGACCGCGCACUUGUCAAUAUAUUUAAUCUAGUUUAUUGUAGUUUAGUUGAAUAGUUUAUAAUAUAAACUAGUUACAAACUAUUUGAAUAUGCGCUGAUAGUCGUUGUGUGUAUCUAUUUGUGAAUUUUACUAUCGUAAUAGUGGAGUUUCCCACAUGACCCGUCCUCGCUCACCACUGUUUUAACAUGUUUAGAGCAUUAGCGAAAAUACAGUACAAAUAUAGUAUACACGAUGAUCGGAUAAUGAUCGGCGAGUGCACAAAGUCACGAAGAUCGCCCGAUGCACGAGUCGUGUAGAGGAGCGACAAUAAUCGUCAAAUCAAAAUACUCCGCGAACGUACGCGAUUACGAUGCUCGCCAAGUACACGAGUCGUGAUGGGACCGGGCUUAGGUGCUCACCACCUAUAGGUGUUUAUCACAAAUAAUCAAUAAUAUAAUAAUAUAAUAAACCGAUGCAGAAAAUGAUGAGUUUAUCCAUUUAUAUUUAUUAAUCUAAUAAUUCAACGAUAAAUUGAUGUAAUAUUAAAAAAAAAAAAUGAAAUUAAAAAAUGGAAUAAUAAUAAAUAUAAAAUAAUGAUGUAACGUUAAAAAUGUAUAAAAAUGUUUAUGCUUUCGGUGAUUCCCGUGAUACAUCAAUGUAUCGUCGAAUUAUUAGAUUAUUAAAUAUCGAUAAAUAAACUCGUUAUUUUCCAUAUCGGUUUAUUAUAUUAUUGAUUAUUUUUGAUAAACACCUAUGGUAGGCGCCUAAUAGUAAUGGUACGUGUUUUCCGUUGAAUUAUUUAAUAUUCAUUGUUGUAUGGAUGGCGGGGCUAUAAUAAAUCAGUACCUUUAUAAUAAAUAUGAUUUCAAAUUUCUCAUCGAAUACAACUAACAAUAUUGGACUGCGAUUUCAUACACUUUCAUUACUUUCAUUUUGAAUUUCAAAACGUACAUACGCAAUCAGACCACCAACUCUGGGGUUGCUGAAAUUAUGGACACAUCAAAGACCCAUGAGGACUGCUCACGCACAGUGACGCAAUAACCGAGGUGGAUGGCGAUGCCUAACAUCCGGGCCCCAAGGCUCAAAGGGGUCCCUAUCAUAGUUGUAAACUGGGGAGGUAUUUUUAAUGAAAUAGAUUCAAAUAAAAUUCUGCGAUCAUUUAUCAUAAAUUGUUUCUUUAUAAUUUACAAUUGUGUAAUUUUUGUAUUGUUUAUUAUUAUAACUUAACCGUGUAACAUUUAUUUAUUAUUAUUCCGCUAAUAAUAAAUACAAAUUCAGUAGCGCAUUUAAUGAUAAGUACCUAGUCAGUAUUAAAAAAAAUAUUCCCACGAAUAGGCCCCAGACUUACCUUAUCAUCGGGGCCCCUAGAGUCUAGUUGCGCCACUUCUUGCAAAAGCCCCUUUACUCGACUCUUACUAAAUACAAUAGUGAACUAUACCUUUCAAUUAUAAUUUUGUAUAUAUAAUUUUAUCAUAACUAUU